AUGCGUUUCUCAACAGCCUUUGCCUCAGCAGGCCUUAUCAGCUCUGCCCUCGCCGGUCUUCUCCCCAGAUCCUUCAAGGUCCCUUCUGGCGACGGCUUCCCAAGCCCCAACAAUGACCAGCUCCAGAAGAUCGCCGUGCAAGCCGGUGGAAAGCUCCCCGGCGCUGCUCUGCCUACUUCGCUCGGCGAUGGUUCCACAACUGCCUUCCAACUCAUCGCCUUCAACGAGCUCUUUGAGACUGCUUACUUUGGCUCUCUGCUCCACAAUGUGACCAACAGUGUCGAGGGCUAUGGAGUUGAUGAGGGCAAGCGUGGAGAGGCUGAGAAGAUUAUCAAGACAGUUCUUGCUCAAGAAGAACAACACGCUCUUGGAGCUCUGGCUAUCCUCAAGUCGGCUGGCAAGUUUGCCCCUUCGCCCUGCAAAUACCAGUUCCCCGUCAACUCUCUCGAGGGCGCCGUACAACUCGCUGAGACAUUCACCGCCGUUGUCCUGGGUGCUCUCCAGGGUGCCAACGAGAUCUUUGCCACCGAGGGCGCUCCCGCCAUCGUCCGCCUUGUCUCAUCAGUCAUCGGCCAGGAGGGUGAGCAGAACGGCUUCUACCGCGUGUACCUCAACCAGGUCCCCUCAGAGUCUCCCUUCCUGACCACUGUCCCCGCUGCCUUUGCCUGGUCUGCUCUCCAGGGCUUUGUCGUCCCUGGAUCGUGCGAUGAGGACAUCAAGAACAUCAACCUGCCCAUCUUCCCUGCUCUGUCGGUCAACGGUGGAGCUAUCGCUGUUCUCGAUGCCGAGGACCAGACUCUUUCUUUCAGCGCCACUCUCGACAAGUCGUACGAGGGCGAGGACCUCUACAUCACCUACACCACUGGCCAGCAGCUUCCCUACAGCGUCAAGGCUGAGAAUGUCAAGUGGGAUGGAAACAGUGUCAGCGUCGAGGCCGAGUUCCCCUUUGAGAAGCUUGUUGCUCAGGGCUUCACCCACGCUGCUUUGACCACCUCUUGCGACAUUGCAACUCCCGAUGAUGUCCCCGCUGUGACUCUGGCUGCUCCUGGUCUCAUCCAGGUCCAGAACUCUCUGUCCAGUGGCAAGGGCAGUUACUCUUACUAA